UUUUCUGCCGCAAAUGCCACGCGUGCAAGCUGUUGUCGGAGAUGGAGAUUUAACGUUAAAUGUGCAGAUAUUCGUUUUCGGCCUCUUUCACAAAUUAAAUCCUUCUACUACUACAUCAAUCAGAACUAAGUCCCCAAGAUGUCUACCCCAAAUCCUAGGGCACAAAUUACUCAUGUAAUUUUCGACAUGGAUGGAUUGCUGAUAGACACGGAACGCUUGUAUACUGUUGUCUACGAUAAAGUGUGUGGGAAGUAUGGCAAGACGUUCACAUGGGAGAUCAAGAAGAAAUUGAUGGGUCGAAAGACGAUGGAGUCGGCUCAGAUGAUCAUUGAUCUUCUUGAAUUGCCUGUAGAUGCGGAGCAGUGGGUCAGACUGAUCAGUGACGAAAUGACAACAAUCAUGCCAGAAACUAAAAUUCUACCUGGUGUUGAUAGAUUUGUUCGUCAUUUACACAAGCAUUCUAUCCCCAUCGCCGUUGCUUCCGGUUCAUCCACACCUGCGUAUGACCUGAAAACAACCAACCACAAGGAGUUCUUCAAUCUCUUCCAUCACGUCGUCUGUUCCGGGGAUGACCUUGCUGUGCAGAAUGGGAAACCCGCUCCAGAUAUCUUCCAGGUUGCCUCCAAAAGAUUCAAGGAGAACCCACCUGCAUCACCCAAAAAUGUUCUUGUGUUUGAGGAUGCUCUGAAUGGUGUGCUUGCAGGUAAAGCAGCAGACAUGUGGGUCGUCAUGAUACCAGAUGAGAGAUUAAUAGGCACCGACGACACCAUCUCGGCCGAUCAGGUACUCAAAUCCAUGGAGGAUUUUAUACCAGAGGAAUGGGGGCUGCCCCCUUUUACUCAGAGUUGAUGAAGAGUGGCUUCCUCCCCCCUGUGCUCCAUCAUGCAUGUAGGCCAUGUGAUGGAAGUAUGUCCCCCCCCCCGGCAUCCUAUCUCUUAUGGCCUUGUGAAUUGCGAUGAAAAUGAAUUGAAGAUUUUAUACCAGAGGGGUAGGAGUUGCCCCCCCUUUCAGUCACAGAUGAUGUAGUCAAGGUUUGCCCUACCCCUCCCUUACCUUCCUCCCUCUUAUUGCCUCGAGAUGACAGUGAAAGGAAGACAUCAUACCACCGGAGUAUCGCCUUCCUCCCUCACCGAGAUAUAAUGAAGAUCUUUUACCCAAUCAUCCAGAACUGUUUGCAUAAAACACUCAUUCCCUAAAUGUUAACCUCAUUUUGAUUUUGCUUGGCUAGUGAGCCAUGUUACCAGAGUAAUAACAGUUGAUUGCAAAAUAUCAUAUUAAGGGGUAGGUUUGUCCUGUUCCAUACAGACUUACUAUUAAGGCAAUUUUGACAUAUGGGAGAUUACCAUGGUAACAGGACUCAGAAUCAAAUCAAAAUCGAGGUUUCCGUGGGAGGUACUUUCCAAAGUUUGUUUUUAUUUCAUAACAAGUCCCAGGUGAAAUUAUUACAUCAUUAUGUUAGGAGCUGACUUCUCUUUGUUAUGAGAAGUUUACAACUCUUUACAUCCCUUUUGCAUUGAACCCUGGAGACAUGUACAGAUUGGGUGCAAUCUGGUGCAUUGUGGGUAACACCUUGGGUAAAUUUCUCAGGUAUAUUUCAUAGCAUACAUUUACGCACAACCCAAACUUUGGACACUUUUACAUAAAUUUACUGAAAAUCUGUUAUGGUGCAAACUUUAGCUUUUUGAAUAAAACUUGGGUGAUUCAACAAUCCCAUAAUUUGUUUUCAUUUCAAUUCGUAUGUAACUUGAUGACGAAUCAAAGAAAAACAUAUUUGAACUGACACCUAGUAUUAAAUGUCAACUCCUUUUCUCCAGAUGAGAAACUAUCAUAAAACUGUAUUUUAAUGUUUUGAUAUUCAGAUGAUGAUAUUUCUGCUUGGUAACGUACACUGAAUGAUAACCAAUGUCACAUAAGGAGAGUAUUCCAUAGACUGCUGGUGAAAUAUGCAUGACUAUGUCUAUACUGCUGUACUUUGGCAAAAGGAAGCAGGUUACAAGCAUAUAAUUUCUUGUAAAUCAGCUAUGUGUGUUCAUCAUUUACGUAAGCAUCAAUGCAAUUUAACAGCAUAUUUUCUUCAAUAUCUUUCCAUAGAACAGUCAUUUCUUCCCCAAAUUUUGCCUGAAAGUGCAACAUACAAAGGAUGUUUCAGAAACAACAAUAACUCAAAUUUGACAGAUGUGUCACUUGCUUCCUUUUGCCAAAGUUGGGCAUUAUAGAAGACUGAAAUAUAGGAAGCGAAGUAUGUUUUGUAACCAUGUUUCAAUUGAAGUUGGUAACUACAUGUACUUUUAGCAUACUGUUAGAUGCAGAUUAUUUGAUUACUUUACAGUAAACCAAAACUAUCUUCGAGGGAAGAUUACAUGAAAUUAUACAUAUUUUGAACAGUUACUUCAGGAAAUUUAUCACUAAGAUUAUUGAGAGAGCUUUAUAGUCCAGAUUGAAUUUUUAUGUAUGGAAGCUCUCUUUCCCCAAGCUAACAUAGCAGGCCUCCUGACUCCCAAUUUUGAUAAAGACGGGAGAUGGAUUGAUGACACUGGACUAGAGAUUGGGAGUCAGGGAGCCCUCUAUGUUAGCUUUGGGAAAAUAUCUUCCAUACAUCAUCGUAAAAUCUGGGGCUCGUAACACAUUUUUUUCUCCAGAUGAUUGCAUUGACUACAAUGUACAAUUAAUCGUGAAAAUUAAGCAUACAAUUAAUUGUUAACCUUUGUGUUAAAGGCCCCUGGACUAGUUUCUUCAUUUUUUUUAUAUCAAUAAUAUUAGUAAACUUUAGAUUAAAACCAAGUUUUGAUUCUUAUGUACCAGCUCUUGAACAUCUUGAGAAAUCAAACCUUGCUUCAAUUUAAACAAAAUUCAGCUUGAUAUUCACAAAAAGUGGCAGAUUGUCAAUUGAUUUUGCACCUUCAUUGUUUUAUUUAUAACGUGAUGUAUAUAUAUAUUUGUUUGAUAUGUUAUGAAUGUAUCAUUGUUUUUAUAUGACAAGUGUUAUAAUGGAUAUUUCUAAGAACCAAUCAAAACCAUUAAAAAAUUGGUAUAAAGCAGAAAUGAAGGGAUAGUGAUAACUCUAUUUAGGUAUCGUUCAUGUGAGAGUAUUCAAAGUAUAUUACAGAUUAUAUUGCAAUAAUGUUUGUACCAUUUGAAUAUAAUUCAGUCUGUAAACGGUGUUCAAAAACUUGUUGAAACUUGAAGGAAGUUAAUAAAACAUGUAUUUUCUUA